CAAUAUCCAUCCGUCUCCCCUUCACCUCUUGAGCUCUGAUUUCAGAAAAGACCACGAACACGAAGUUUUCAUAGUUCAGAUUCAGAAGUCGCCGAAUAUCUCUUGGGUGUUUGCGAAAAUUGAGAAAUGGGUAUCUUGAGUUUUCGUCUGUUCAAUAUUAUAAAAUCUGGGGAAUCACUUCUGGACUAGAGUGGAUCUAGUUCAUCGAGUUUUGUCUGGGUUUUUGGUUUUCAGAUUCGUUAUUAUGCCUAUAGACCAAUGACCUGAACAAACAAAGAAGUGAAUUUGGAGAAUUUGGCAAAUUUGUCAUCUGUUCAUUCAUGCACGUAACCUGUUCGACUAGAUGCCAAUGGGAGGGACCAAGCAAAUAAACUUCACACUUGCAACGCCAAAUUAGGGUUUCGUUGAGCCACUGUUUCAAAUCGGAUUUGAUUUAACAAUGACAUCGUUAGGGGCUUCUAAAGGUGUACUGGAGAUUGCAAAGUUUGCUGUUUAUGUUACAGUUCCGAUUGGUCUCAUGUAUUUCUUCACCAACAACACUAACAAUCUUCACAAAUUCAUGGGCGUUCGACAAUAUGUUGUGUACCCUACGGAGGGGCCAAGGCCACAAUCACCAGAGGAACUAAGAGAAAUGGCUCGGGAGAUAGCUCGCAAGCGAGCCACACAAUCAUCAUAACCUACUACAGCCUACUCGUGAACAUGCUUUUUAGUUCAUGUUAUGUGCUUAUUAAAGUGUAAUAAAAGUGCUUCCAAUAAAUUUAUUGUAAUUCUAGUAUCUUGAAUAUUGUAGUUGUAAUUAAGAAAUUCGGCAAUUAAUAAUACGGGGAUAAUCACAAAAAUAUUCAUUC